UUGUUGCUUCAAUUUGCAUGAAUGUUGAGUAUAAAAACAUGGGUUUUUUCAUGGAAAGAGUGUAGUAUGAAACCAAGCUCCCUAAGCUAAGAUAUGGGGAUGCAUAGUUUACCCUAUCUAAUUGUGUUGUUUUUGAAUUUAGGAGCAUUGCUCACUUCACUAGGCUGCCCUGAAUGUUACCGCCACCCAUCUCCGCCGCCGAAAUGUCCUCCGCCAGGCUAUCCGCCUAAACAUCAUCAUCCUCCCAUUGUAAAGCCACCCUAUCACCCUAAACCACCAAAACAUCAUCCUCCAAAGCCACCUAAGCCUCCGGUGGUAAACCCACCAUAUCACCCUAAACCACCGAAGCCACCGGUGGUGAAGCCACCGUAUCACCCUAAACCACCUAAGCCUCCGGUGGUGAAACCCCCAUAUCACCCUAAACCACCAAAACAUCCACCGCAUCAUCCCAAGCCACCUGUUGUGAAGCCUCCAUAUAUACCCAAGCCACCUAUUGUAAAGCCUCCACCGUAUACACCCAAACCUCCGGUUGUGAAGCCUCCAUAUAUACCCAAACCACCGGUUGUGAAGCCUCCGCCAUAUACACCCAAACCGCCGGUUGUGAAGCCUCCGCCAUAUACACCCAAACCGCCGGUUGUGAAGCCUCCGCCAUAUACACCCAAGCCACCUUACUAUCCAAUACCGCCGGUCAUAUCACCACCAACACUGCCUCCAAAGCCACCAGUCUACCCCAGUCCACCAAUAGUGAAUCCACCAACACCGCCGGUUGUGAAGCCUCCGCCAUAUACACCCAAACCGCCGGUUGUGAAGCCUCCGCCAUAUACACCCAAGCCACCUUACUAUCCAAUACCGCCGGUCAUAUCACCACCAAUACUGCCUCCAAAGCCACCAGUCCACCCCAGUCCACCAAUAGUGAACCCACCAACACCGCCGAUUCUACCACCACCAUCACCACCUAUUGUGAAGCCACCAACGCCUCCUAUCGUGAAGCCACCUUCACCGGAAACACCGUGUCCUCCACCACCACCUCCGGCACAACAAACAUGCCCCAUAGACACUCUCAAGCUAGGUGCAUGUGUGGACGUGUUGGGUGGCUUAGUACACAUCGGCAUAGGUAGCAGCGCCAAAGACACUUGCUGCCCUGUACUACAAGGGCUGUUGGAUUUAGACGCCGCCAUUUGUCUCUGUACUACGAUCAAGGCCAAACUUUUGAAUAUCAAUAUUAUAAUCCCCAUAGCUCUUCAGGUCCUCAUCGACUGUGGCAAAACUCCACCUCCAGGGUUCCAAUGUCCAGCACAAUGAUGAAAAACAUAAAAACCCCGUUUUUUUUCUUUCGAAAUAACAAAUAUUUUCAUGUCUUAUUAUAUGUUUCUUUUAAUAAUUUAUGGUGUUUUGCUGGUUGAUGAAGAUCAUAAAGACGUGUCUGAGGUUAGAUCGUUUUAAUAGAUGUUGAUGAAUCCACGAACGGAUCAAUGUAGUACGAUGUUGUGAUUUUAGUUAGUUCAUAGGAUCAUAUUAAUUGUGUGUGUGUGUUAUUUUUCUUAUUUCAAAGCUAAGCUUGUUUUGGAGUGAA